AUGUCGGUGUCAAGCCUCGGAGCCGCAGCAGUCCUGCCUGGAGGGUCGAGUAGGAGCGACUCCGUGUCUGAAGGGGGGUCCGCAGAUUCUCUGUUUAUUAGAGACAUUCACGACAGGAGAGAGCGAAAGCGGCUCGAGCUAGAGAAGGAGCUGACCGACAGCGACGAGGAUAGUGGCGGAUUUUUCCACGACCUCUUGCGGCAGUUUCGGCACUGCUGCGCAGGGAGGAAGAAGAGCCGCCUUGCUUACGGGGAAGGAGCCUAUUCAGGAGUCGCGACAGCUGCCGCAGACGGAUUCGCCGCCGCAGUUGCCAAGGGGCCUCCUAGAGCGAGGACAUACUCUGGCUCUGUCACGGGGAGCCACAGCGGCAGCAGCAGCAGCACAGCCACACGCAGCGACUUGGCAGACAAGUACAUAGGCGACAAAGCGUACAUGGCUAUCAGGAUUGUGGGCAUGUACGUCAGAAGACAUGGAGAACUGACGGAGUACGCAGCCUUUAACGUGACUCCAAACGAGAAGGAGCUCUUCCCUCCUUCCUUCCUCGGAUUCAAGACGUUGGAGGAUAUGCAGGAAUACGUACUGGAGCUUUUCAAGAGAGACUUCAGGGUGAAGCGCGCAAGUGGUGUCUCCGCUUUGCUCUUCAAAUCACGAACUUUGCAUACUGCCGCUCCCGAAAGGGCUGACUAUACUGCAGAGCGAGAAAGCCGAGCCGAUGUUCUUGCGAAGCUUCAAGAUCUUAGGGAGAAAGAUCCUAAGUAUGACGCCAAGAUGCUCUACACGAACAUGUUCAAGGCAACCGCUGAUGAAGAGAACCCAGAUGAAGUCUUUGCCUUGUGA